AUGAUCGCCGCCUCGUCUCGACCCACUGCCUCCCACCUUGCUGCCACCGCCGCUGCUGACGCCGCUGCCGACGACGACGGGCUCGUGUUCCUCCCCCUCGCGUCCGCAGCGCUCGAGCUCCUGUGCGUCGCGCUGUACGUGGCGCUCGCGCUCGUCGCGGCCUGUCGCGGCGCGCGCUCGCUGUUUUCCUGGCGCCCCGUCUCGUCUGCGUUUCCCCCUAACCGCACGUUUUUGCGCCUCAUGGUCCUUUUUGCACUCACGCGCGCCGCGUCGCUCUUAAGCCACGGCGUGGCGCGCAACUUGCUGAACCGCGCUGCGCUCUGUCUCUUCUUCUCGCUCGUGCUGUUCCAGACGCUGCUGUGGAUCGACAUUGCGAACCCCAAGAUCUCGCGCCGCUCGCGCCGGAUCUGGGUCGCCUUCAUUGUCGCGAACGGGCUCUUUUACGCCACGGUCUUGGGCCUCUCGGUCCUCCAUGAAGCCAAAGUCGCCCAAGCGCAGCACGCGCACGCGGCUCUCGAUCGCGCGACGCUCUAUACCGGUGUCUUACCGGUACUUUUCAUUGCCACUGGGAGCUUUGUCAGCUCGCUCGGGCUCGUCUACUCGACGUGGCAGAUGCGGCUCCGCGUGGCGCGCGUGCUCAAGCCGUCGGGGGACGGACUCCGUCGCCGCCUUGACGAGCGCGUGGAGAAGAAACUCACGCGCGCGCUGCGCUUUACCGUGCUCGUCAUGGGCACGUGCUCGGCGCUGUUUCUGCUGCGGACGCUCAUUUACAUCCAGCGACCGUUCUCGCAUCAAGGCUGUGGCCACAUUUACAACCCGGACGUGUGCGUCGUCGUGGGCUAUGCGAUCCCCGAGAUCGUGCCUUGUGCGUUGUUUCUAGUGCUCAUGUGGGAAGUCGAGCCGACGCUCGAGAUCCCGUCUCGACGAACCGUGAGCUUCCACAAUGAACGAGUCAUAGCGUCCGAGACGACGCCAUUAUUGGAACAGGAAGUCGUGCCCCGACCGCUGUUUGUGGCAGCGAAGAACCUCGUCCAUCGAGUAGGCAGCACAGCCACGUCGACGGCCGGGUACUUACCCGUUGGACGACGACCGAGUCCACUGUCGCUGGGGCUCGGCAUUGGCGUGCUUGAUCGGGCACGACGACAGCUGGAGCUGAUGGUACGUCAACACUUGGGCGGUGGCAAUCGAGACCAGCAGCCAAUGGACCGACAGGAUUCGACAGGCAGUGCAUUUGGCUCGCCCGUCGAGUGUGACAGACAUUCCAAGCAAUUGGGAAGUGUCCCUGACGAUGCGUCGAUGAGGCUAGGAUCAUUUACGCCCUGUGUAUGGCUGUCGUUUCAGUGCUUUAACCUGACGCUUCCUUCGAAGCCGUCGGUAAGAGCUUCAUCGUUUGUGGUGCUGCAUUUGGUGCAUGCUGACACAGGUGCAGUGGUCGCGGAGAUCGGACGCACAGAAAUCUCGCAUUCAGAAGACCCGUGUUUUCAUAUGAUGCUCGUAGUGGAAGUGCGCGCACAGGAUGUGCUCCGGGCAUCCGUAUAUUCCGUUCGAGCACCUAACUCGCUUGCGGACUUGAACAGUCAGUGGCUGGUUGGCGACCCGCUUGUGCCGAUGUCGUCGUUCAUGAUGGACGCAGCACCCGUGAUUGGACGUGCGUCUAUUUUCCCACUCUACUCGCCUUUGUCACGGACUCGAUCUUCGGGUGAAAUCGUUGUUCGCUGUGAAGCAGAAGUCAAAGGACUUUAUGCAGGGGUGUUCUCCGGCGCCAUCACUCGCUCUUUCAUGUAUAUCGCGGUGAAAGGUACCGACGUUGAUGAUAUCGCACCAGGUGAUGACUCGGCUUAUUCCGAGAUAGCUCAGCAGAUGAUUGAUCUUGCGUCCACAUCUCAACGCGCUCAGGGCAAGAUGCUGGUCGAAGAAGAGUUGAUUGAAAGUGUGUAUACUUGGGAAGUACCUUAUCAACUUCUCCAGUUGAUACUGUCCGAUUUGCUGGUGAAACUUGAUUUACUAAAGCGUGAAAUUGCGCUUGAGGAUGGCAAUGAGAGUGCUCCGUCCACUCCGUCUAGCCAGCUUUCGACCCCGACUGUUGCCAGCUAUUCACUGCCGUUGGUUAUCCCUACUUCCCCCAGGGCACUUGGUGCGGUGCAAGAAAACGAAACCGAUCAUGCCAUGCAAGCGUGGGAAACCGUGGGAUCCUUCCAAUCGGUUGCUUCUGGAUUGAGCUCUUCACCUGCACUAGAAAAUCGGACGAGGCCAGCAAACAGCAUCGGAAUGCUCUCUGAAAUGAUCAUACAUAUUCACGACGAUGUUAUUGAACGAAAAAAACGGAAAUGGCGGCUGGAGCUUGUCAAAACUAUGGAGCAAUAUAUCUCGGAGGUAGAGGACUCGAUCUUGCGGUACGGAGCCACUCAACAUGCCGGACUCACCUUUAAGCCAAGCACGAUGAAGGCAGACGCAGACCUACGUUUCCUGGCACUAAACCUUCACCAACAAUUGAUGACGGUGGGCAAUGCAGCCCCGACGUCAGAAAAAGACGUACACUUUGGAGACCAAACAAGUGCAGCGCGCUACGCUCAUCUUGUGAACUCAUUUGUCGGGACGCUCGUGUCGUCUCCUUCGCACAUGUCGAGGCAAUCAAGCAUGCACGGACAAGAGAAUUAUCUCGAUUCUGUGAAAUUUAUUGAUGACGACGAAAAUGAUACAGAAGAUAUCGCUUCGCCUUACUUGAUCGAGGAGUCACCACUCGAACCCGUUGAUGCGCUCCGUCGGCGUGUAAUUUCGUUCGAUUCGGCGGCAACAAUCGUGAACAAGGGAGUCACAGACCAAGAUUUUGCAGUCACUUCCGAACAACGGAAGCUAGCCGAAACCAUUGUAGCAAUGGGAAUCACUGAAGAAGAGUUUCAGAAUAUGUACGGAGGGGACAGAAAGAUUGACGCAUCCGAUGCAAUUGACAUUGUAGCCGACAUAAUGGUUGGUCGCUUGGAUGAUGGGUUGAAGCUUGCAGUACCGAGCAGUGAAUGCUGUUCAUUGCCACAAGUUCCAAAAUCGGACUUGGAGCAGGCUAAAGUGCCGAUUAUCAGUAGUACAAACGCUAGUGGUAAUGCUCCAUUUUACAAGCAUCGAAUGUAUGGUACAACGACGGUAGGAGCUUUUGCAGCGCAUGUGUACGGGUUUAAGAGUGGUGGCGUGCGCCAGAUGCGUGAAGAAUUGGAGCGACUUCAUGGACGCUUAGUGAAGGCAGCGCAGGAGAGUUCUGAUCUUACAAUAGACGCGUUGGAGCGCAAAUAUAACGAGCUGAAGUGGGACGUUGAGCGUCGACUCGAGGUGGCGUUUUGUCAGGCCAUGAGUGCUCUAGUCACGUGUUUUCAGCAAACCCUUUACGUCCAUACACACGAUCACGGGGAUUUUGGUCCCAAUCCACUAAAAGCUUGCUGCGGUAUUGACUACCUCGAAAUGCUUACGAGGGUCGGCUUUUUGUUCUCUGUGGAGAGUUUGCUGUCAACGUACGGUAACGAGCUCGGAAUGCUGGGUGAUACUGAGACAGCCGUCAAGGAGCUGGGGAGAGUCCACAUUAAGUUACGACCAGUGAAGUCUCCGCGUGCAGCAGCAUUCCGUGUAUCUAUUACUUCAGGACCAUCAGGCAUCGCGAUCGAGCUUCCGAUCAUUACACGUCGUGCAAGUGAGUUCCCUGAGCGUAGCAUGCACCGAGUUCCGGGACAGGAUGCAGUAUCGGGGGCUAUUUACUUGCCGCUCUCAACCCCGGAGGAAAGAAUGCGCGCAAAGUUUUUGUUUCAGAAGCCCAUUCGAGUCGUACCAGUGAUCUUCUCGCAGGGAAUGAACGAAAUGCAGACGGUUGCAAACACUGUGGGCAAGGACUCGUUGCAGAAAGAGAUUAAUGCUGAGAAUGUGGUCGAGUUGGAGGCGUACAUCAAUGAAUUUGCUAGCUGGGUCUCCAAGAAACAAAUGCGCGAUCAAACAUCGACUCCGAUAUACGACACCGAAGACCUUGGUCGAAUUCAGACCUCACUGACAGCUCUCAAGACCUGUAUUCAACUAUCAGGCCGGUCGAAGCGCAUGGCGAUCCUGAGUUUGUCGUCAUCCAUUGCUCGUUCUGUUGGUGGCGGCCGCGUGACGAUGUGUAAGUCGGCCAAGGAUCGUACGUCAAUGUCGAUCACGCUUGAAGAAGCGAACCUUCUGGUUCGUUCACAUGGUCUUGUUGCGGAUGAGGUGGAAGUAUUUACGAACUUGCUCCGGACACACGGAGUUCGUCGUGAGAAUGCGAGAAAGAACAUCGGUAAAGCGCAGUAUUGCUUUAGUGCGCUCCAAAACUACAUGCUGCCGCAGGAUUAUCAGUGUCCGCCAGGCACUGGAGGCGGUAGUCGAUCGUAUUCGUAG